AGCUGAGCAAGCCCUUUUUAAAACAUUCAAACGUGAAGAUAUAUUUGCUUAUUUUGGCUCAUUGAGGGUCUCUGAAAUCGGUAGGUUAUAUAGGUAGUUACCCAGUUACCAACAAGAUAUUUUCAAGUUACACCCAAGAGAGUACAGUUCCAGGCAGCUGUGGUCAGCUUGUAGGGUGCAAAGUUGUGGAGAAAGGUGACAUCGUAUGAGGGGAAUUUCAGAACCGCCACAUAAAGCACAUGUACGCUAUGAACCACGGAACAAACAAUGUUAGAUCUGAUGAAGAUAAUGCUCUGGAAUAUAAGUUUAGAGUCACCCAGAUAAUUGACCCACACAACUUCUUUGCACAGGUGUCUAAUGAUGCCGACUUUAGAGAUUUUACAGUGUUUGAACAUUAUAUGAAUCAGCACUUCAACAGUGUACAGCAAGUGGAGGUUGAUGUUGAAAACCUUGUUACUGGCCAACCUAUUGCCACAUACUGCAGAGAUCAAAAGCAAUGGAAACGUGCCACUGUGGGAACUGUGAACUGUGAUACAGAGGAAGUGGAUGUGUUCCACAUUGAUUAUGGCACUGCAGAAAUAGUAAAUGUGGAGGAUAUCUGUGUGACCAUACCCCCAGAGAUACACCAGAGGACCCCAGAGGCACUACGAUGUCGGCUCAUGGGAGCCAGACCAAUUGCUACACAUUGGAUAAGUCGUGCCACAUCAAGAUUCCGUGAACUGGUCAACCAGCGUGUACUCCGGGGAUAUCUCUAUCCACAGGGUGAUAUAGCUCAAGGUCUUGGCGUAUGCCUGUAUCAGGAUGGCAAGGCUUUGUCUGACAUACUUUGUGAAGAGUUUCUGGCACAAUCUGAUGGCUUCUAUCCCAUAGAGCUUAAGAACUCACCCACGAAACCAACAUAUCCACCAGAAAAACGGACUGGAGAUCCCCCUGCAAUCCCAUCAUUCAAUCUAAAUGCAUUCAAUCGCCAACCAUCAUUUGACACCCAGAAGUCUGAAGAGACGUCACCUGGUGUUGACAUCGAGAAGGAGAUUAUGUUCAAGAAUGUUGAGCCCAUGAGUCCUAGUGAACCCUACCCUCCAGGGGGAGAAACAGAGGAUGGGUCCAUGCCUAAUAUACAAGAGCAGCUCUUUCAACUUCAACUGAAAAAUGAUAAGGAAACCCAAAGUUUUGAAGAAAAUGCUAAAGUUUCCACAAAGUCCCCUGCAUCAACUCACAAGAAGCCUACAAGAGCACCUUAUGUAGAUGAAAACAAACCAUCACAACAAGAAUUCAAGAAAACAAACCAAAAACGUCAGGAUAUUGCAGAACCUCUUUCUUGGCGUAAAGGUCCUCAAGAGGUUGCACCACGUUUCAGAAAAUUAAGAGAGCCUUCCCCAGAUGAUUACCAGCGUCCAGGGAAAAAGACACCACCCCUUUUGGCACAGCAACGUGAAAAAACUAAUAUUACACGUGACAAUAGGACACACUGGAGGGAUGAGGACAAAGGAGAGGAUUAUGAUGGAAAAUACAGGAACAGGUACAAGGAAAGAAAUGCCCCACCCAGGUUUAAUAAACCAGCAUACAACAGAGGAAGUCCAAAUAAGAGUCAUGAUGGAUCUGGUGACUAUGCAGAUAUUGAACCUCCCAAAUACAACCAAACAGAACGAGCUCAACCAAUCACAAAGAAGAAACCAGAGCCUGUGGAUAAACUUAGUGAUAAAGAGAAGAAGAAGAAUGAAUAUGACUGGCACAGUCUUCAGUUUGGCCAUAAAGUCAGCAAUCUGCUUAACACUGUCACAUUGGACAAUGUGGAGUCAACAAUCUCAGCAUUACAUGAUCUUGUUUACCCUGAGAAGAGUAUGUUUGAAGGUCUCCCAGGCAAGAAGGAACUGUACCUCUGCAUAAGUGACAUUGUAGAGAGAGCCAUGGAGAAAUUGAAUCAUGAGUUCUAUUCCAUAGCUGCCCAGAUUGUCACCAGUUUUAAAGAAACCAGCCCAAACUUUGAUGAUGUCAUCAGUGGUGUUUUGUGGGAUCACCAAGGUGACUUUGUGAAGGUCAGUGACAAAGAGAGUGAUAUUCUGAUAGCUGAGGGUUAUUGUACUCUUCUUGCCACACUCUACUGCUAUGUUCAACAGUGGCACACGUCACAUCAACACACUGGAAGUGGUAUUGAGAUGUGUCUGAUACAAAGUGCCCAAAAGUGGAUUCUAUUCAAUAAAAGGAAACAGCAUACCAACCCAAAUGCCCUAUAUAAUCUAUAUGGCAGGUGUUUCCAAAUACUCUACAACACUGCGGGUGCCUACUUAGAAAUGGCGAUCCCAUUGGAGGUAGAUUCAUGGUUUGAAGAGCUGCAAGAAAAGAUAUUGGAUGAAGAUUUGCCAAGACAUGUGCGGGAGGAGUUACUUGCAGUACUUCUACAGCGUAAAAAGAAUCAAUUUGACCAAGAGAAAACUGAGAUGUCUGCACCUCCAAGUGAGACAGAGAGUGUUACUACAUCAUCACAAACAGAUCCCCCUGUUGGGGAAGAAGGCUUGAGUGAGUCAAAAGAAAGUGUUAGCAUUCACAAUUCUACUGAUAGCGUAGACUGGGACCCUAGUGCUAAUAUCAAAGCUAUGCUGAAAAACCUGAAACUCGAACAUCUGCUUGAGAAAUUUGAGGAAUUUGGGAUACGAGAUGCAGUUCUUGAACUUGAUGCUAAUGAACUGAAAGAUUUGCUGAAGGAAUGUGGUUUUAGAAUUGGUCACAUCAUGGAAAUCAAGAUGUAUCUCACCAAACAAUCAGGUAGUAGCAGUAGCAGAUCUACCCCCUCCAUGUAUAGUACACCUCCACGUCACGUCUCCGUAGAACCCCCACCACAGCCCACUCAACAAACAAUACAGGAGCCACAGAUCUCACGCCACACAUCCCUGGAACCACAAGUGCAGAAUACCGCCCCAGUAUCCAGUAUGGCUCCUCUACCCUCUAAGUCAAACAAUAUAGACUUGAUCACCCCUGAUGCCUUUUCAAUUAGUGCCAAAGCUAAAAUUGCCCAAGGAGAAAGAGCUCUGCACAGAGCCAAGUCACCAUAUGAUGACAAGGGGCCUGGAGAAUAUGCAAGAAAGCAGGAGCAGUCUGGGUAUAUUAAACAACCAGAGCAGUUUAUGACACAACUAGACAAAUCUGCCUAUGCUAAGCAACCAGAUUUGUAUGCCAAACAAGAGGAUCAGUCUAGCUAUCAGUCUGAGCAACCCAGUCACUAUGCAAAACAACCUGAAAAGUCUGGUAAACAACCAGAUGAGUAUGCUAAACAAAAAGGAGUAUUAACAUCUGCUGCCUCUGUGCUACCAAGUGAAGAGGCAGUCCUAUCUGCAAGCAAACUACUGAGCAACUCCAGGCAAUCAAAUUCUGCACAUGAAUCUUACCCAAAGACUCAUAACAACAAUAGUAAGAGACAAAACCAAUAUAAAACAGGAAAUACACCCCCUGACCAGAGAGCAGAUCCUCGGUCUCUAAGGAACAACAGGUCCAGUGAGACAUCAGAGUCAGAUUGGAGGAAAUCCAGGCCAUACGAAUCUUACUCCAGACCUUCAGAUGGCUCCAGUCGUCAGCCUGUGAAUAUCCCAGCCAAGAAGGAAUCCUCCCUGUACAAGAACCCACCUGAAGAACUGUUUGCACCAAGUUAUUUGAACAAUGAAACCAUGCAAGGAAUGAUCUCCGGAAAGUCACCAGAAUCUCCAAGUGCACGUGUACCAGAGGAUGUUGUAUACGAGACCAUGCAAUCUAUGAGGAAUGAAUCUAGGAAGAAAAUAGGCUCACAGUCACCACCAGGUUUUCGAAUGGCACCCUUUGGGACAUCCCCACCUAAUCAAAACCAACAAUCACAGUCUUAUUCGCAGGAUAGAUUUAUGAAUGCAUCUAAUCAGCAGAAAUCUAAGCCUGUAGUAGACUACUCUGAGCCAUAUUGGAUGUCUGGCAGGCAGAGACCUCAUUCUACUAUCCCAGAUAGACAACCGGAUGUUCCUUUCUAUAAAACAGGCAGUAAAGAUGAUAUGGCCAUGGAUCAGACCCUGCAGUAUAGAGGGUAUGUAAAGGAGCAGGAACAAUAUAAUAGACCUACCAGUGGUAGAUCUCAUAAUGACAUUGAAAAGGAUCAGCAUAAUGGCCAAAAAGAAAUUGAAGAGAUUAAGAAUCAGUCUGAACAAUAUGAGGAUAUGGCUCAUGAACAAGACAAUCACCAGAACAAUAAUCAGUAUUACAGCUCCAAUUCCUAUGCUGCUAAGCUCAAGGAUAAUCCUACGCAACCUGAGAAGGCUAAAUAUUCUAGCUCCCAUAAAACGGAGCCAGUGGUGCUCAAAAAGAGGAAAAAUUCAAAAAAUCUUGAGGAAGUUAAUCGCCCCCAAGCUGCGGUUGGUUCAAUAAAGUCUCUAGUUGCUGAUUGGAUUAGCCAUCCUGCUGCAUCCACAAAUACAGAGGAUGGCGUUUCACAAGAGGAGGGUGCAUAUUCAAGAGAACGGCAACAGAGUGAUGAGGGCAGAAGAAGAAAGAGGUCUUCUGGGGAAAUUUCAUACCCAGUACUUGUGAAUUCACCCCCGGAUACCUACGCAGGACAUGUUAACCCUCCUCCCCCUAAGCCCCAAGAGGCCCCCAUAGAUGAGAGUGAGUUUCCCCCUCUUGGAGCUGAACCAUCCAAAAUUACCAGCCCUCGCUCUUAUCUCCCCCCUACUCCAAACUCUGAUGUUGUAUCAUCAGAGUAUAACCCUAACCCAGCCAUGGACUACCAUCAAUCACCAGAGUAUGGGCAAGAAACACCUCUGCCAUCUCUACCGCAAUAUAAUCCUUCAUCAAACCCAUUCUCCAGGCCUAGGACAGGUUUUGGAUCUGCAAGGAGAUUCUGUACAUUGUGCCAUGAGGAAGAUCACCAGACUUAUAACUGCCCCCAGAGGGCCAAGAACUUUUUCCUACAUUAAAUACAUUACAGUAACUGAGCAAAAAUAAUGGGGUUUCUGAUGGGAAGUUUUUAGUAUUCAGGCUUUUCAAAGUUUCAGAACUCUAACAUUAUGCUGUUCUCUAAACUGCUUAAGGAAAAUAAGAACACCAAGUAUAAUAUCCAAUACUCAGACCAACAGUAUCAUAUUUCCUCGUGACGAUUUUUUAUAUGAUGGAUGGCUCAUUGGACAUUUAAAGGAAUUCUGAAGAAUAGAAAUAACAAAUUAAAGCAAAGGCUGAUUAGUAGUUACCCUAAAGUCCAAUACUAUGCUUGAAAUUGCAAAAAAGAUGUACAGUAAAACCUGUGUAUAU